UAUUCAGCCCACUGCAGACCAAGCAGAGGCCGCUUCUGAGAGGACGAGAAGGCUGAAGGGUGAUGCGGGGUGUUUAGCCGAGCAGGCCACCCAAGCUCUCCUAAAUUCAUCUGUGUCUACUCUCUUCCUGGUGGGCAGAGUGGGGUGGGGCGGGUCUCUGGCAGGUUCGGGCAGGCCGAGGCCCCCGAGCCGUGAGAGCGCCGAGGUUUCCGUGCUCCCGGCUCCCUGGCUCGCCCCGCGCGCCGCCAGCACGGGCCCCAUGCAGCGCUGUCUGAGAAUCAUGGUGCCGGAGGAGGGGAGCUCCGGCUGCCCGGUGCCCCGCCUGUCCUGGAUGUCGGUGCUGCGCUCUGCCGCGAUCCUGUCUCUUACCGGCAUAAUGGCAUACUGCUUCCUGCGCGUCCAGCAAGGGCAGCUCGAGCCGCCUAAGCGGGACAUGGCUGAGCUGCAGCUAAAUCGCACAGGACAGCGGCUGGACCACAGGCUGCACUGGCAGGGAAGUCCGGCCUUGGGCCGCUCCUUCGUGGAGGGACUGGAGCUGGACGACGGCGGGCAACUGCGUGUCCGGCGCGGCGGAGUCUACAGGCUGCACAUCCAAGUGACGCUGGCCAACUGCUCCUCCUCCACGCGGGCCGCCCGGCCUCCCAGGGCCACGCUGACGGUGGGCAUCUGCUCCCCGGCCGCCCACAGCAUCAGCCUGCUGAGGCUCAGCUUCCACGGAGGCUGCGUGGCCGCCUCCCAGCGCCUGACGCCGUUGGCUCGCGGGGACACGCUGUGCACCAACCUCACGCUGCCUCUGCUGCCCUCCGCAAAUGCUGAUGAGACCUUUUUCGGGGUUCAGCUGGUGCACCCCUGACUGUUGCGCCCCCUGGCCCAGAUUUGUCGGGAGAGUGUGUUUUCUCUCUCUCUCUCUCUUUUUUUUUUUUUUUUUUUCCUGUCUCUUGUAGAAGCUUUUUUCUUGAUGUGUCUCUGUAAUAUAGUGAUGUAUAAUAUCUGAUCGGUCUUAAUCCUUGCUGCUAGCUUAAGCUUUUGGAAUUUCCUGUGUGGCGAGCGGUCUGGGUGCCUUUUGUUGUGUUAAUGAGGUGACUUUGGGGAAAGCCCUGAGGUCACCUGGAGAGGUGGGAGUUGGAACUGUCCCUUCCCACUGGCCUGACCUCCAGGGAAGGGAGAGAGGCUGCAGACAGCUCAGCCAGCAACGGCAAGUGAUUUAACCAAUGGCAUCCGUGUCAUGCUCAAAAAUACACAAGGAUGGGGUUAGAAGCUUCUAGACUGGUGAGCGAGUGAAAGUCCUGAGAGGGUGCUCACCCGUGGAGAAAACACUGAGUGAGGUUGAUGGAACAUCACUCACCACUUCUGGUUAGGCGCUGCCUGACUCAUACUGGUUUUUGUUCAAAUAAAGUCUCAAAAUGUUAA